UCUUUAAAAAAUGGACCAAGAUAAUCAGAGCAAAUGUCCGACUCAAGAAGAAAACACAACGGUGGGAGCAGAAGCUUCAACAGCUCUGGCAUCAACUCCAGCUCCGGCAUCGACUCCAGCUCCGGCAUUGACUCCAGCGGCUCCACCCUCAGUUCUGCCUACAGGCCAGCCCCCGUCCGCUGCCCGCCCUCGACGGCCCCAGAGAAGUGCCAGAGUGGAGGGCUCUGUGGACAUCUCCGACCCUAAAGCUGAGCCCAAAGCUGAACCCGCUCCGGAGGCUCAACUGGACGAGAGCACUCCUGACGGCACUGUGCCCAGUCGUCCCAAACCCUCCCGCUCUGCAGCAGUCAAACCUUUAGGAGAGCGCAUUAAAGCUGGCCACAAGGGUCCAGGGCACCCCCCGGUCAGGGCUGUCUCAGUCCCCCACCCACCCGUGAGCAGGCCUGUGGCUCCUCACCUGAACCCUCAUGCACAGAGAGCCUUCUCUGUCGCAGGUACAGCUGACACUCAGGCCCAGACUCUGGAAGACUUCAGGGUGCACAUCAUCACUUGGAACGUGGGUUCGGCCACGCCACCUGAUGACAUCACUGCCUUGCUGGGUCUGAACGUGGGUGAUGGAAACACAGACAUGUAUAUUAUCGGGCUGCAGGAAGUGAACUCUAUGAUUAACAAAAGGCUGAAAGAUGUCCUCUUCACAGACCAGUGGAGCGAGGUCUGCAUGGAGAGACUCAGCCCCUUUGGAUAUGUGCUGGUGACCUCUCAGCGGAUGCAGGGAUUGCUACUGCUGGUCUUCACCAAGUAUUUCCAUCUGCCGUUCCUCCGCGGCGUCCAGACCGAGACCACCCGCACCGGCCUGGGGGGUUACUGGGGGAAUAAAGGUGGAGUGAGCGCCCGCAUGUCAGUGUUCGGUCACACCGUCUGCUUCCUGAACUGCCACCUGCCAGCUCACAUGGAAAACUCGGAGCAGCGCAUGGAGGACUUUGAGAGCAUCCUGCAGCAGCAGCAGUUUGAGGGCCAGGCCGCCACCGGGGUUCUCGACCAUGAUGUGGUGUUCUGGUUUGGAGAUCUCAACUUCCGCAUUGAUGACCUGGAAAUGCAAGUGGUGAAAUCAGCCAUUGACAACAACAAGUAUUCCAUGCUGUUGGAAAAGGACCAGCUGAACAUGGCCAAAGACAGUGAGACGGUGUUGGAGGGUUUCCAGGAGGGGCCGCUAAAAUUCCCUCCCACCUACAAGUUCGAUGUUGGAACAAACACAUACGACACAAGCGGAAAGAAACGCAAGCCGGCUUGGACUGAUCGGAUUCUGUGGCGUCUGAGAGCUAACGCACCUGCCAGUGCUGCACCUGGCGAAGGGAAGCGCACUUCGAUUUCAGGGCUGACCAGCGGGGCCAAAGUGACGCAGCACUGCUACCGAAGUCACAUGGAAUUCACCGUCAGCGACCACAAACCAGUCUGUUCCAUUUUUACUCUGCAGUUCCCUUACAAGGUGGAUGUUCCCCUGGUCACGCUCAUUGUGGAGGAUGAGUGGAAUUGCAUUGCUGAUGCGAUAGUAAAAUUCAAACUGACGCCCAACUUUGCACGCAGCUCCUGGGACUGGAUCGGACUGUACAAGGUGGGUUUCAAACACCACAAGGACUAUGUGGGAUAUGUGUGGGCCAAGCAAGAGGAAGCUGAUUUUCAACGACAAGAACAUCAGGUAACCUUUACCGAGGAGGAACUGCCCAAGGGCUCAGGGGACUUUAUCAUAGGUUACUAUAGCAACAACACGAGUACCAUUGUGGGCGUGACAGAGCCAUUUCAGAUCCAGCUUCCCACUUCAGGCCUUGAUGCCAGCUCUUCAGACAGCUCUGACUUCAGCUCAGAAGACGACAGCACUGUCCUCCACAUGAAGACGAGGUCCCGUAGUCCCAGUCCACGCAAGGGCAAACACCGCCGGCAUCGCAGCGGCACCCACAGCGGUAACCGCAGCCGCUCUGGCAGUCCUGCACAGGUCAAAGUGAAAGAGCACAACAUCCCCGAUGGUCCUCAGUCCGGCACCACAGCUGAGAGUGAGUCCGCAGGGCGUCCAGCAGAGGGCAGCAGCAGCACGCCGUCCGUUCCUGCAGGGAAGGACCAAAACCCAGAGGAUUCAGGAAUGUGAUGCACCAGGUCCUUCUGUUGUCACAGGUCACAUAACCAACUGUUGUGUGUUUUAUUUGAUACAUCCACUGCGUCGUAUGUUUUCUGUUGUGAAAAUAUACAGUUUGUGAUGCCAUACUUUUCAGGAACAGCCCUCUGGCUUGUCCAGAAGGCCCACUUUGCCUUGAGUUGUUUUAUUAAGCUGUGCACAUAUUAUAUGUAUAUUUUUUUAAACCUUUCACUUUGUUCUGUGUUUCUUGUAUCUUUGUCCGUUCUCAGGUGUGGACAGUACAGGGAGCUGACACCUUGCUUUAGGAACUACUCAAGGAGUUAUGGUUAUGUAGAAUAUAAGGGUGGUCACUUCAUACUCUUUAAAAACCAUCUUCCCUAUAUUCCAACAGUGGUUUGAAAUUCUGCACCUUUGCAGUCAUGUCAGCAGACUGCAAACAAGCAAAAGAAGAAAAACAUAAUUGAUGCAGAGAAAACUCACAGAUCACUCAGUUUGUUUUAGUUGCAGAACAAAUAUUUUUAAGAAACAAAUCUGCUCAAACCAAACAGGACCACAAAGAAAGAGUGAAAGAUGCUUUUCAUUCCCUCAGAAGCGUCACCAAUCACUUGCAUUGUAAGUUUGUAUAAAUCUGCAAAUGGGCAUCCAGAUUGACUCUUGGGUAUAUUCACUAUUUUGAAAACUUCGCAUGAUAUAACAUACAGGAAACAUUACAAAUGAUCCACCAAUCGGAUCGAGGUCGCUCUGGUGUGUAUCAAAACAGAGGAGAGCCAAUGUAGGUGGAGAACAAGUCCAGGGGGCUCGGCCAUCAGCCGCAGCAGCAGCAAAUCACAUGUCAGCAAUGAGAGUGAGUGUGGGCGUGAAGACCUUUAAGUGGAAGUGAUUGGUGUGACACUGACAGAGCGAAGCUGUCAGAAUCGGUUGACAUAUUGUUGGCCACUAACUCUGCUGGGCCAGCCCCAGCAAUAUCUGAUCCAACAUGUAUUGCUCUUACACAAAUACCUUUUCUGGGAGUUAGUGGGCCUCAUCCAAGGCAGGGAGGGGGUUAAGUUACUUUGUUUAGAUGAGUUUACCCUCAACACCAAAAUCAUAUUUAUAGUUUUGAUUCCAUUUGUAGUAUUUAAUGAUAUUUUUGACUUUGUGUGUGAUGAUUUCAACAUAAGUAAGACUUGAUUUUCAAUCUGGAUGUCUUUGACAAAUGUGAACAUGGACUCUACUAUGUAGAGCUACUACAGGGCUUUGUAUUAUACUGUGAGGAGUAUAAUACAAAACUGACAUGUUCCACUAUCAUGAAGUAACACAAUGGUAAUUUGAUAUUUCAAAGAUAUGGAAUAGUCCUUUAAGUCCUAUAGUCUUAUAAGUUUAACUUUUCACUUCACUGUGUUUGUUUUUUCUUCUUCUCUCUUGCUCAGAUCCUUAUGGAUCCUGGUGAUUAGCUGACAGCAACAACAGUCACAAUAGUUAUUUUGCUAUGUUACCGUGUGACCUCUUAUACACCAUCGUAGACACUUCGUACGGUUGGGCUGUUAGCAUUGGACAGUGUUUACUGUUGUAGCUGUAACCUCAGUGUGUGUCUGUAAUCAGGUUUUGUGUGUGUGUUUUUAUGGAUGUGUGUUUUGGAUGGUGGAGGUGUGUGUGUGUGUAGGUAGCCUUGGCAGUGGGUUUUGUGUGAAUGGGGUGCGACUGUGUUAGCAUGGUUUGCAGCUGUACAUACUGUACAUUCCGGUACUGUGUUUUUGUGCCGUCAAGUGCUGUUUUUGACUUCUCUUUGUUAUAAUCGUGGCUGUGACAAUUGUUAGAGAAACAUGUUAGGGACAGUAUAAACAUUUAACAUCAGUGUAAAUGUAGGUAAAAGAAGACGCAGGAUAGUUAAUGCUUUCAUCAAUCUGAAGCUGUUUGAAUCAUUUCAUGGUGCAUUCAUGUAUUUUAUUAAUUUUGAAAAAUCUAUGUUUGUUUAAAGUAACGUUUAAAGGUACAGUGUGUAGAAUUUUGUGAUAUCUUGUGUUGAA